CUCAAACAGUCGCCACCACAAUUGCCGUGCACUCGGUGUCCGAGCGUCGUCUGCGCUGUUAGGUCACGUGAUUCUAUCGCUGCUUCGGUAAUAUCGUGUUCAUGACAUGUUAUUUUGUUAAUUUUAUGGUACAGACUGAUGAAGUGGGUCUUCCAUAAAGUGGUUUCAAAUAGAAUCAAAGGACACAAACCAAUGGAUAACAUUUUCAGACAGAGAAGGAUGCUGGUCCCGAAAAGGACAAGCGAGUUGGUGGCCCUGAUGGCCAUCUCCAGCACGCUGUUCCUGUUCCUGCACACGCGAGAGCUGCACACCAAGCUGCGGCAGAUGGAGACCCGCGGGCAACCGGAAGAUCUCACGGCGAACCAACUCUCCGGAGGCAGCGGGUUCUCUGCCGUGAGUGCUAUGAUGCGUCAGCUCAAAGAUAGCGGAGAGAUAGAUAACCUGGACGCCGCGGCGCUCAACAACACAGCGAAGGCUAGGCGUCAGCUCGUGUUCUUCAACCGGGUACCUAAGGUGGGCAGUCAGACGUUCAUGGAGCUCCUGAGACAUCUAUCGAUCAGGAACAACUUUGCCUUCCACCGUGACCGCAUCCAGAGGGUGGAGACCAUCCGCUUAGCCCCGGCAGAGCAGCUCGGCUUGGCAACCAUGAUCGACCAGUACUCCACGCCCUCCGUCUACGUCAAACACAUCUGCUUCAUCAACUUCACACAUUACAACCUGCCAGAGCCCAUCUAUGUAAACCUUGUGCGGGACCCGGUAGAGAGAGUGAUCUCCUGGUACUACUAUGUGAGGGCGCCAUGGUACUAUGUGGAGCGCAAACAGGCCUUCCCUGACAUCCCUCUACCUGAUCCCCAGUGGCUCAAGAAGGACUUCGAGACCUGUGUACUGAGAGGAGAUAGAGAGUGUCAGUACCUGGAAGGAGAGACCAGAGAAGGCAUCGGAGAUCAUCGCAGGCAGAGUCUCUUCUUCUGUGGCCACAGCGAUGCUUGCACACCAUUUAAUACUGAGGGUGCGCUGCAGAGAGCCAAGAGAGCUGUGGAGAGACAUUACGCAGUCGUUGGAGUGUUGGAGGACCUAAACUCAACCUUUACAGUGCUUGAACACUACAUUCCACGUUUCUUUGCUGGGGCCAAGCAAGUCUACACAGAAGAACUGGAGAACUUCAGGAAGAUAAAUCGGAACACGUUCAAGCCCCCGGUCAGUGAAGAGGUAAAGGAUAUGGUGAGACGCAACUUCACAAGAGAGAUCGACUUCUACCUGUUCUGUCGUCAGCGUUUGCACCGACAGCUGCUCGCAUUGCGGCUGCCUGACCUCAGCAACACCAUCACGUGAAUAAAGCCAUCUUCCACCGGAUUGAUUGUACAUAUAUGCAAUGAUGCCGUGUCUACGCACACACUAUUCUGUGAUAAUCACUAGCAGAAGAACCCUUAUAGACUGAUGUUGUGCGGAAGAAACAGGGUUCUUAUCUUAAAGGACUUAGUAAAAUUUUUGUGUUAAAAAAGUUUUAUUUAUUAUAACAUUGGUCCAAGUUCUUGUAGGUCUUCUGAUAUGAGUUUCUUUACAUCACACUGUUUAUUUGUUUUGAAAUUGUACAUAAAAAACAAACUGAGCAUUUACUUAAAACUAGGAAAAUCUUUAUAGGUACAGUAUUAUUAAAUACUUAGCUUUAGAUAAAUUAUUUUGCUAUACAAAUAUUUUUUUGUUAAAUAACAAAAACCAAAGAAACCGAAAUGUGUGAUUUUACAGUAAGUUUAUUACUAAUAACAGAGUCAAUUCUAUGGAAAUUUUGAUGUAGGGUAAAAUGAAUCAUGUAAAAUUAGAGUUUUGUAAAUUGGGAGAAAAUUGCAUACUUAUUUUGCUACUAAUUAAAGCCAAUAUCUAUAUUAAUAAACCUUAAAAGAAAUAAACUGAGAAGGCAGCAAAUCUCAUCAUAAUGUUUACAAAAUGAAACAAACUUAUAUUUUCUUCUAAUUAUUUUUUUUUCACUUAAUAAAAAACAAUUGUACAUAACAGAUUCAUUAGUAACUAAUUUGAAGUAUGUGUAUGUCAGUACUAUAAGUAGUAAUGUUCUAAAAAUUUUAAAUGACAAUCGAAUAGAAAUUAACUCCAAAAUUUUUAUGUUAAUAAAACAACAUAAACGUACUUAAAUGGAAGGGCAGAAUAUGCAUUAAUUUAGUCAAUAUUUCCUUUACUGUUAUGAAAAAACAAAGGCUUUCAGUCUGUCUAAACAAAUACAAAAAUAAAUGACCUUAAACCUUACCUCAUAAGUUCAAGAUUAAAACCUUCUUUUAUCCACAUAGUGUUUACCCACAGAGACUCAGUAUAAGAAUGAUAUACUAGUAUUUGUAUGCCAGCAGCAGCGUACUCAGAGAGGGAGUUUGUUUAUAAAAGUAAAUGAAGGUUUGACAUCAAUAUUCUGUUUUUUUAAUCAAGUAAAGUUUUUAUUUUAUAACCUAUCUUCUACUUUAGAUUUUUAAGUAAAACAUCUAUUCAUUGGCAUUUUCCAAUAUUUUUCUUACGUAACGUAAGUAAUGUUUUAGUUUUUCUUUUUGGCUGAUUUUUAGGUAUCAUAAAUUAGUUUGCUUUGGGUUAAUUUUGGCUAUUGUUCAUAAUGCAUUAUUUUUAGUACUGGUACUGCAUACCUAUACAGGAUCCUUGAAAGAUUUUAUAAUUAUAUUUUACGUAGAUUAACAAAAUUGAAGCGCUAUAUUAUAAAUUGGUUUCAUCAAGAAGAAUCCAUACUUAUUAGUUAUUAGUUAGUUGUUACAUAUACAAGUAAAGUGCAAUCAAUUACAUUCACUCUAUGAUUUAAUAUUUCAUUGUAGAUUUUGUAACAAAAGUAAGUCUGCAUGUAACCCAAUCUGUAACACCCCAGAAUUUGAUCCAUACUGCUUCCUUCUAUCAUUAAUGUGGUCUUCACAUAUACAUAUAUAUAUAUUUGAAAUAUUAACACUGGGAUAUUACCAGUUAGUUGUGUUUGUAUGAACAAUCAUUAACAACUUGUUGCUCCAUCCCAGUUUGGCUCAAGAGGUUUCAUCGAAAACUAGACAAGAGGUACUGUGGGAAAACAAUCAGAUUCAACCUCGACAUAUCGACCUUGUGUUCAGUAGAUGUUAAGUAUUUUUCUUCAAAACACAUUAUGAAUAUUAAUUCCUUCUGUAUAUACAUUGUGAUCAAAUUCACAAGUAUUUUUUAGUGUUCUUUAUAGUCUUUUCUAUAAAACUUUUGUACAUACUUAUGUAAUAAAAUAAAUUUUUAUAAAUUUA